AUGGCCAACAGUGCGCCCAGAUCCCCCGUCCAAAACAAGGGUGCUCUGCCACGACCUGACACCCCACAGGGCGCCCCGAGCACCCCACGCCCCCAGGGGCUGCUCUCCAUCAUCCAGAGGCUGAAGGGCUCCCUGGAGCAGGAGCUCCGCAUCGUCCUGCUAGGGCUGGACAACGCAGGGAAGACCACGCUGCUGAAACGCCUGGCAUCCGAGGAGGUCAGCACCAUCACACCCACCCAGGGCUUCAACAUAAAGAGCAUCCACUCGCACGGCUUCAAGCUGAAUGUCUGGGAUAUCGGGGGGCAGCGCUCCAUACGCCCAUACUGGAGGAAGUAUCUGGGCAGCACUGACCUGCUGAUUUAUGUCAUUGACAGUGCAGACCAGAAGCGCUUCGAGGAGACCGGGCAGGAACUGGCAGAGCUCACGGAGGAGGAGUCUCUCAUGGGGGUCCCGCUGCUGGUGUUUGCCAACAAGCAGGACCUAGUGACUGCAGCACCAGCAGCUGAAAUUGCAGAAGGGCUGAGCCUCCACACCUACCGGGACCGGGAAUGGCAGAUCCAGGCCUGCUCAGCCUUGUCUGGGGAAGGAGUGCAGGAUGGAAUGAACUGGAUUUUCAGACAGAUCAUGAACAGGAAGAAGUGA